ACGGCUUUGCACGGAAGUGGCAUUUCAAACUGCUUGGUUUCAGCAUGGCCGCUUCCUUUUUCUCGCUAAAGGCCAGGCUUUAGUGUCCAGUUACAGUUGCCAAUAUGGGUAUCAGUCGUGAUCGCGCUCACAAACACCGAGCAACCGGAGGAAAGCGUGUUCAGAUCCGUAAGAAGAGGAAACUUGAGCUUGGACGUCCCGCUGCCAAUACAAAGCUUUCCCAGGGCACUCCUGCCAGAAUUCGUACUGUUCGGACUCGCGGCGGUAACAUUAAGUUCCGCGCCCUUCGUCUCGAUCAUGGCAACUUUGCGUGGGGAUCGGAACGGUGCACACGUAAAGCCCGUAUAAUUGACGUUAUUUACAAUGCGUCUAACAACGAGUUGGUUCGUACCAAGACCCUUGUGAAGAAUGCCAUCGUGUUGGUUGAUGCUAAUCCUUUCCGGUUGUGGUACGAGAACCACUACGCCGUACCCUUGGGCAGAAAACACGGCACAAAAAUCACUGACAUCGAAGGCCUUACCAUCGGCAAGAAGCGUUUGGAGAGUGAUGCUCAAAAGGCUCUUCAGGAAAAAGCUCCUAUCGAUUCUCUCAUGGAGGAACAAUUCUCCACUGGCCGUCUGAAAGCCUGCAUUUCGUCCCGGCCAGGCCAGUGCGGUCGUUGCGACGGUUAUAUCCUUGAGGGCAAGGAGCUUGAGUUCUACUCCCGCAAGAUCAAGGCCAGAAAGGGCAAGUAAAGGGCCGUCGAUAGCAGGUAAAGUUAGCUCGAUAAUUAUCAAAUGUGCCGGCCGUAUGGUACGGUGCGAUGGUAAAAAUAAUAAAUAACAGCCGUAUGCCUAUUGUGUUUACUGACGGCAAACGGGUUAUCGAAAAAAAA